AUUGGGGGAGGCAUGCGCUUUUUGUUUUUUGACUAUACACACAUUGUAAGAAAGUGCCAGAUAUCCAGUACCCCUUGACGGUAGGGGGUGAACCCCAAAAUUACCUAUUUACCCACAAGAAAAAUUUUGGGUUGGGUAAAACUUGAAAAUGAAUGUUCACAUUUUUAAGGUUGGUCUAUCAAAUUACAAUAUUGGUAACAGUAUGUUCCAUCAAGUUGUGACAUUAGUUACAAUAGUUUCCAUCAAUAUGUUACAUUAGUUACAACCUGUUCUGUCAAAAAAUGACAUUAGUUCCAAAAAAAAGUUACAUGAGUAAAUAGUAAGUUACACAAUAAUAACACAAUUCCUGCUAGCCUUCUGAUAUAUUAAGAAAAUUACUAUGUGUUUUCUAUAAAUCAUUUACAGAAGAACAGCAAAAUGUAUAGUAAAAGACAACACUAUAACAUUUCUAAAUUAAAAGGAAAGUGGCUGAUAUAAAAUUUGCUAGUGUCAUAAAAUUAUGUCAAAUUUUCCAUCAAAAAUGUGACAUUAGAUACAUAACUUUUUUUUAAGUUGACAUAAAUCAUAAGGCAAAAAAAAAAAAAUAGGUCCGUUUCUGGUCUCCCUACCUACCCUCUUUUUUUUUUACCCCCUACCUUAAACUUUUUAUCGGGGAUGAAUUUUCUACUUUUUGACAUGUUUGAUUCUUGAAAAAUAUUUCCGCUUCAUUUUAAACCUUUCGCAUCUUUUUGCAGAAAUACUGAUUGGUUGGCAGUUAUAUCAAAGAUGGCUGUGCCUGGUUGCUGGCUUCAUCAGUUUAAAGCUUGUUUGCAUUAUAAAAUGGCCAAAAACUUAAUUAUAACUGUUCCAGAUCACAAAUUAGUUGAUGACAUAGUUCACCAGUAUCAUGAUUUACCUGGCAGCUUUACAUCGUGGGAGAAUUUUUAAAAAUCACAUGCUCCUGCAGAAUUAAUUCCUAAUUGGUAUAUUUCUUAAGCUACAUGCAAGAUAAUAGCUUUUAGAACAAAGGACAAUAUGGAGAAUAUAUAUCAGUACUGCUAAUUUUCUUGUUUUUAACUUUGUCUGGGCUAUAGCACUGGUUUCGUAUUUCUGUAUUGUUUUCAGAACGGGUAAAUUUCUCAAAAAGAUUAGAAUAGUAACUAACAGUUACAAAAAUUGAAUGACAGUGAACUUUUAAUCUCUGUUAAUCUUCUUGCCUUUUGAGAAAAAGAAAUAACACAUAUUAAUUGUGUUCCCUCUAUUGUCUAUCACUUAUCAUUUAUCUGCAGAUUUGUUGAUAUAGUGGACUCGUCUAAUACAAGGAAGGUUGUAUCAAAUUACAAGUCUAAUUGUUAUUGUUUUGUUUUAAGUAAAAGUGUGUUUAAGAUUUUGUUUAUGAUUAUAAAUGAAAAUUCAGGCAUGAACUUGUCAUCAAAAAACAUUUAUAUAAGCAAAAAUAAAUGUAUUUGUUUUACCAAGUUAGACACCAUAACAAUAGAUUUCAGUGAUACUGAAGAGCUAAAAAAAAUAUUAUAAGUUCAUGUUCAAGCAAAUUUGUGGAAAUCUUUGAAUUAUCAGUAUUGACCAAAAAAAAAAAAUAAAAAUAAGGAAAUGUAGAAAAGUAUUAUUAAGUUAAAAAGUAAGGUUAAAAGUUGUGUUUGAAUAGCUCAAGAAAAUGUCAAGGAUUCCUGUGUUUAUUGAGAGAAGUGCUCGUAAAGGAUGGAACAACACUGUAGAACCUUGUAUAUUCAUUGCUUGUGAUUCUGUAGAAACAUCAAGUGAAAUUGGUGACGUUCAAGAACUAGUUCAUUCUUCAGCUAAUGACAGUGACAUAGUCUUGCAUGGUUUUAAUGCUGUCAACAAUGUCAGUGAUAUAUUGGAAUAUUCAGAAGACAGACUUAUUGAUAAGGUUCAGCUGAAUGACACUGAAGAGUCCAAACUUGAUGAGGAAAGUCAGAAUUUUGGAACAAGUCCACUUCAUGAGUGUAACAAAAACAAAGAGAACACUUCUGUUACACUUACAGUAGUGUCUUGUAGUAAAGGUGUUAUAAAUAGCACAUGUAGCUGCCACAAUUGCUGUGAAGGGGUCAGUUUGAAUGAGUUUGUCACAGGAAAUGGUUUCCAAGAAGAUGCUAUGAAGACGGUGGAAGGUGAAUGGUAUAGUAAAGGUGUCAAAUGUAUGAUUCCUAGGCCAACCAGACUGACAUCAGGAAAGAUUGCUUUGACACCAGCUCCACUGAAAAAGUCUAAGAGCAAAGCAGAAAAGAAAGGUAAACAGGAGCUUAGAGAAAAGAAUGAGACCACUAAAACUGAGUUUACUGAUGCUGAUGGUAAAAAGUUUGUUGGAAAUGGCAGAUUUGGAAAGCGUAUUGUUGGAAGGAAUGAAAGCUGUUCAAAGCAGGCAUACGCUGGAUGUUUGAAAAGAGUUUAUGCUGAUCAUGAAAAUGAAAAGCUCGAUACUAGUAAAGAAAAGAGGCAAAUAUACACAGACAGGGGCAAUAGGCAUAAGUCAAAUGAUAUGGCAGAUAGCACUUGUACAGAGUCUGGUUUGUAUAGAUCUCAACAUGAUUUAGAAGACUCUGAACCAGAGUAUGCCCAACAUGAAAUGCAGAAAGGUGAAAAUGGUUCUUCAGUGUACAACGAGAGUUUUAGAACAAAGGUGAAUGGGACAGCAGAGAAUAAAACUAGAUUAUUAGGUAAUCAGACUGUUACUGAAGUUGUUCACAAUGACUUUUCAGAUGAUUUGUUGAAAGACGAGAGAGGUGAAAAAGGGACAAUAAAGUUAGUGAAGGCUGUCACACCAAGGGGCAGUGGUAUUCCAAAGUUUCAGCAUCAUAAGUAUGUAGAGGGAUGUUGUGAGAAGUUAAAGUCAAACAACUGGCAUUCACCAAGAUCGCGAUGUGUUUCUGUAUCAUCAAAUAUCGGUGUUACAUCAAGAACUUUCUCGAGAUCUGGUAGCAGAGGCUCCGUGUCUUCAAGGAAUAGUUCUGUUUCACCUAACAGAAAUUCUGUUGCAUCAGUACAUAAUGCCAUCACACCUUCUCCAAGGCCGAGACAGUCAUUAAAGAUGUCUAAAUCAGGUUUGGAAGUUGAAAGAAAUAACUGUUCAAAUGAUGAUAACCUGAAUAGAAAUAACAAAAAAACAACUGUGAUUUUAAAUUCUCCAAAAGUGUAUGAGACAAAAGCCUCAAAAUUGCGGAGACAAAUUUUUAGCAGUGUUGCUGAUAAUUGCAGAAACAAUCAAGAAAGAAAAAUAUCAAAUUCUGGUAGAGUUCAUGAAAGUGCUGCUGUACCAACUCUUAAAAACGAUACUAAGGAAGAUUCAUUUCAGUCGCGACGGAACUUACCUCAAGCACCUUCUGAGGUGCGUAAAGUACGGUAUGGACAGAGGUGUGUUGUUGAUGAUGAUGAGGCUCAUGAAGAUAUUGUAACAGUAAGCCAGAGUCGGCCGGUAGCAGUACCAACAAGAUCAAGUAAUGGCAGACCACCAAGUGGGCAGACAGCUGGGCCUAGCACUGGUGGAGGUGGAGGGAAAGCUAAGAGACCAGCAUGGGACUUGAAGGGUCGCCUUCAGGAUAUGGAAGAACAAUGGAAAAAACAGUCACAAGAGAAAAAUGAAUUUCUCAGUCAGAUGCAAAAGUGUACAGAAAGAAUUGCCUUGUUAGAAAACCACAAUGACCAACUGUCGGGAACUGUUGCACAGAAGGAAGAGAAUUACACACAUGCAUCAAGGGAGAUAGAACAACUGCAGAAAAAGCUUAGGGGCACAGAAGAUGAGCUGUAUGAUGUUAAAAGACAGUUUGAACGCGACACAGAGAACUUUGAAUUUACCAAGGCAUCCCUUCGGAGACAGAAAGAGGCCCUGGAAGGGGAGAUAACAGGCCUUCAGCAGGAAGUGGCAGGGUUGAAGACUUCUGUGGCACAACUUACAUCAUCACAGGCCGGACUCAAGUCAGAACUUGAUGCUACAAAGCUGGCCCUUGAUCAAGCCAACAGUACUAUUGUUCAAAGAGAUUCAUCAAUACAUGAUUUACAACAGAAACUUGCUGAGCAGAUUGCUGUGAAUGAUGAUCUUAAUUCAAAGUGCAGAGAACACGAGACAGUGCGUCGCAAGUUGCACAAUACAAUACAGGAACUUAAGGGUAAUAUAAGGGUGUUCUGUCGUGUACGUCCACUGAUAGGUGAGGAGUUGCUAGGAAAUGAUGGUGAGAUUCAACAUAUGAACUUUCCUGAAGAACAGAAAACACUAGAACUUGAAAGGCUAGCAGAUGUUAGUCUAAGCGAGAGUACCAUCGGAGGAAAUCGUAAAGGCAAUGGCAGGUAUGAGUUUAAUUUCGACAGAGUAUUUGCACCUGCUUCUAAGCAGUCCGAGGUUUUUGAAGAAAUUUCUCAACUCGUUCAGUCUGCCUUGGAUGGGUACAAUGUCUGUAUAUUUGCGUAUGGACAGACCGGAAGCGGGAAGACGUACACUAUGGAAGGUCCGUCGGUAGAGGAUGAGGAAAACAGAGGAAUGAUAUCUCGAGCUGUCCUACAAAUAUUCAGUAGUACACGAGAAUUGGAGGAUAAAGGUUGGCAGUAUGAAUUUGAAGGCUUAUUUCUAGAAAUCUACAAUGAAACCAUUAGAGAUCUGUUGGGCAACCAUGCAGCUGAUGUUAAACAUGAAAUAAAGAUGACUGGGACAGGUGGCAAUGACGUGAUGGUGACAAACCUAACAACUGUACCAAUUACUUGUGAAAAUCAGAUUACUGAUCUACUGAAAAUGGCAUCAAAAAAUCGUGCAGUAGGAGAGACAAAUUGUAACGAGAGGUCGUCCAGAAGUCACAGCGUGUUCAGGCUGAAAAUUACAGGUUGUAACGACAUCACCCAGGAGCAAUGUAAAGGUACCCUUAACCUUGUUGAUUUAGCUGGAAGUGAGAGGUUGAAGGAAUCGGGGGCCACUGGACAGAGAUUGAAAGAAACUCAAAACAUCAACAAGAGUUUGUCCAACCUUGGUAACGUUAUAAUGGCGCUUGGAAAUAAGGAGAAUCACGUACCAUACAGGAAUAGUAAGCUCACCUACCUUCUACAGAAUUCACUUGGGGGAAAUAGUAAAACAUUGAUGUUUGUGAAUGUCUCUCCAAGGGAGGAGAACUUUUCUGAAACACUCAAUUCGCUUAGGUUUGCAACGAAGGUGAACCAGUGUAAUAUUGGGACUGCCACAAAGAAAUCUAAAUAAAAGCAUCUGCUUCACAGAACAAUGCCUUGUUUUAGGAAUCAAAAAUGGCUUAUUUUAUUGGUUAGGACAGUUGCAGGAACUGAAAUAAGCUAGCUUUAAGUGCUUUUCUUAGAUCAUAAUGCUGUGUUUGCUUUUGUCCUAAAUGUUACUGUUAACCGGCUACUCUUCAGGAAGAUUAAACAGUAUGUCAUUUGAGUCAGGCCAUGAGAAAACCAAUAUAAUGCGUUUGCGACCAGCCUGUGCAACCACGCAGUCUGGUCAGGAUCCAUGCUGUUUGCUAACAGUCUCUAAAUAGGAUUUGAAAGCAAACAGCAUGGAUCCUGACAAGACUGCACGGAUGUGCAGGCUUGUCUGGAUCCAAGCUGGUCACAAACGCACUAUGUUGGUUUUCUCAUGGCUCAGCUCAUUUAGAUUUUAGAAAAUGUAGGAAAAUUGAAAAUGUAAAGGUUAUGGUUGAUGUUGAUUAAUGGAUUUUAAUGUGUAAUUGAAGAAUAGUAUUAAGAGAACGAACAUUUAAUAUUAUUUGUAAAAUGAUUUUAAAUAGACAUAAAUUGAAACACUUUUCCUGAUUUGUUUAUCCUUGACAUGCUAUAAAGUAAUUUUCACAUUUUGCAUUUAGCCAGAUUUACUGAUUAGAAUUUUUAAAGUCAUUAAGUUUGUAGAAAAAGCAGUCAUGACAGGAAGAUCUAUUUUUGCACAAAUUUUACAGUUACUUGGCAUCAUCUGUACAAACCUAGAAUAAAUAUGUUUGUAUGUAUAAAAAGUACUGUAUGUAAUGUAUGGAUGGUUUAAAAUACUACACAUGUAUAAGUAUACACAGAAUGCUUAUUAAAUAGCAAGCUGGCUUUAUUUGAGGUUGAAAGUGUAUUUAUGUUGAAAUUUUACCUAAAGUAUUAAGUAAAUACUUGACAUUUUAACAGUUCAUUGCAGAAAAAUGAGAUCCUCCUGAAAUUUAUCUACCAUCGAUUAUGUUAAAAAAAGUUUCCUGUUCAGGAAUUGACUUUUUGUUUUUCACCAGGUACAGCAGUUUGCAUGCAUCAGGAAUGACAUUUCCCAAAUGAUUUUCCUCUGUCAUUAAAAUCAGAGAUUAGAAUAUUGGCAUGAGAGUUUGUUUGAAAUUAAAUAUAUUAAAACUAUUUACACCAUUUGUGUUCAUAAGUAUAUUUAUCCGUCCAGGGAAAAGAAAAUACUACUGCCGAUAAUUAUACAUUAAUGCAUAUUUAUGUAUUCUUAAAGUUGGAUUUUGAAUUUUCACUGCAUUUAUGAAUUUUGAUGUUCACUUAAAAAUAUUUGAAAGUCUUCUGUUGUGUAUAGAUUUGAUGUAACUUGCUUUGAUUGAAUGUGUGCAAGUUCCAUUCAAAAUGUUUUCUUAUCAGUAUGGGUUUGUUACCUGUAGGAAGGAAUUUUCUGUUACAAAAAAUAUACGUUUGUUUAUUGUCUUUUUAUAAAAUGUUGUUCAAAGAUGCCUCUAAAUUUGAAAAUACUGAGUAGUCUAUGAAGCCUGUUCAACUAAGCCAAACUAAAACUUUCCUGAACCUAAAGAAGGCUGUUUUCAGAUGCAAAAUUCCUAUAUCUUUGGUAAUAAUUCAUACAUGUAUUUCCUUUGUUUUUUGGAGGAAAUGUCUGACAGCCCGAAAAUAAGUUUGUGUGGUCAUACUUUGAUGAUAAAACAGAUUUAUUGAUGAACUAAAAAAGUAAUGUUCUUUUUUAGAAUUGCAAGUACCAAUAGUUUAUUGCCCUCAGGAAUGGUUAGUGCCUUUUCAGAAUAUUUUACGUGCAGAACACUCCAUUUCAUUUGCUAAUAUGAUCUCUUAUACAAAAGCGACUUUUUUGCUUAGGUAACCCUUGUGUACUUAGAAUUCUGUAUAUAUUUGAAAUACGAACUUGAUAUAUAAAUGUCAUUAUAACAUAAGAAGAUAGACAAACAUUAAAUUUGAAUCGAGAAAAAAAAUGCAUAAAUAAGUGUUACUGAAAUGAGACUGCUUUCAGAAUAGUUGUUAAUUCAUAAAUGAGCUGUGCCAUCGGAAAACCAACAUAGUGGCUUUGCGACCAGCAUGGAUCCAGACCAGUAGUCUGGUGAGGAUCCAUGCUGUUCACUUUCAAAGCCUACUGCAAUUAGAGAAACUGUUAGAGAACAGCAUGGAUCCUGACCAGACUGCGCGGAUGCGCUGGCUGGUCUGGAUCCAUGCUGGUCGCAGAGCCGCUGUUGGUUUUCUCAUGGCGUGGCUCAAAUUAAUCUUGAUUUAAUAUUGGAUUACUCUGACAGUUAACUGAGGAUAUUUUUGUUGUACAUACAUUAACAAUAUAUAAGAUCUAUAGGUGUCUGAUUCAUGUUUUAAUUAUACAGGAUUUUUUUUUUUUUUUCAUGUACAUCUCACUUAACAUAACAUGUUGAAAUUGUCAGUCUGUUUUGUUUUUUAAGCCAGGUUUCUUAGGAUGCAAGUUUAUAUUUAAUGUUAAUUCUAUACCCAUUUUCCACAUUGACUGUAUAUUUCCAUAUUGGAUGUAAGAAAAUAUAUUUCUGUUCUGAACAUUUCAACAUUUGGUACAAAAUCCCACAUAAACUAAAAUUUUAAAGAUGUUUACUGAUAAAAACAUGACAUUCAUUGUCAUUAAAUGCUUGACCCUCUGGUUCUUGUAUAAUUUCAUCUACAUUUUCAGUUGUUUUUCUUUCAAAAAGAAGAAAAAUAAGACAAAAGGAAAAUGUUACUUAUCAAUGAUAGUGUUCAAUAUGAUACAGGAUAUAUCUGGAUUCAAAUUCAGCUGAAAAAAAGUCAGAGCCAGUCCGAUUGUCUAAUGUAGUUUUUCAGCUGGGUACUCAUUCAAAUGUCUCUGUAUUGUACAGAGAUGUAUUAAAAAAUGUAUAUGUAUAAAUGUUGUAUUGAGAGUAUAUUAGAAGUUUUAUCUGGAUGAGAGAGUGAACAGUAUUUUUAUGUGUAUAUAAUUAUAUAUUUUUAUUUUAAAUUGUUAGAAAACUAAAUUUAACGUUGACAUAUUCUUUAUAAAUCAACAAUAUAAUUAUAUAGACAGUAAAAGAAUCAAAAAAAUUAUGAUAGAAAUAUUUGUUUGAUUCAACUUUCGAGCCGGCCUUAGUUUUUAGCUCACCUGUCUCAUAGUGACAAGGUGAGCUUUUGUGAUCACCCUUCGUCCGUUGUCAGUCCGUGCAUGCGUGCGUGCGUCAACAAUUUCUUGUCUGCAUGAUAGUGGUUUCAUUUAUGAUUUUAUUUUAACCAAACUUUCACACAACUUGUAUCUCCAUAAGAUCUCGGUUCCUUUCUUGAACAGGCCAGAUCCCAUUAUGAGUUCCAGAGGUAUGGCCCCUGAAAGGACCAAAAUCAGCUAUUUUGAUGUCUGCACAAUAGCAGCUUUAUUUAUGAUUUGAUUUUUACCAAACUGACACAAAACUUGUAUCAUCGUAAGAUCUUGGUUCCUUUCUUGAACUGGCCAGAUUCCAUAAUGGGUUCCAGAGUUAUGGCCCCUAAAAGGGCCAGAAUUUGCUAUUUUGACCUUGUCUGCUAAAUAGCAGCUUCAUUUAUGAUUUUAUUUUAACCAAACUUGCACACAACUUGUAUCACUAUACGAUCUUGGUUCCUUUCUUGAACUGGCAAGAUACCUUUAUGGGUUCCAGAGUUAUGGCCCCUGAAAGGGCCAGAAUUAGCUAUUUUGACCUUGUCUGCACAAUAGCAGCUUCAUUUAUGAUUUGAAUUUAAUCAAACUUGCACAAAACUUGAGUCACCAUAAGAUCUCAGUUCUUUUGUUGAACCGGCCAGAUCCCUUAAUGGGUUCUAGAGUUAUGGCCCCUGAAAGGGCCAAAAUUAGCUAUUUUGACCUUGUCUGCACAAUAGCAGCUUCAUUUAUGAUUUGAUUUUAACCAAACUUGCACACAACUUGUAUCAUCACAAGAUCUUGGUUCCUUUCUUGAACUGGCCAGAUUCCAUCAUGGGUUCCAGAGUUAUGGCCCCUUAAAGGUCCAAAAUUGGCUACUUUGGCUUUUGCAGCCAUAUAGAGACUUCAUUUAUGGUUUUAUUUGAUACAAACUUCCAAAAUAUCUUCAACAACAAUAAAUCUUGGAUUCCAUGACAAAUCAGAUCCAAUCGUAGGUUCCAGAGUUAUUUUAUAUCUGAUUACCUCCCCUGAUUGUAAUCAAAAUGGAUUUAUAUCAGUAAGUACUUUUGUACUUAUUUGAAAUUUCAUUAUUGUCAUUAGUUGGACUGAGCCAAUCAGGGUAGAUAACUGUGGACUGAUUUUAUGUCAAAUUACCUCCCUUUAUUUCAAAUUAAGGUGGGUAUAUCUCCGUAACUAAUGAAGAUACUGAUCUGAAAUUUCAUUUAUGUCAACAGAUUUAUCUGGCAGAUCCUUCUUUUGUUCACUUACAAUAAUUUACUUUUUAAUUACUUCCCUUUUACGUUACUAUAAAUAGCUUAUUUUUAGUAACUUUUUUAUUAUUGACCGUAGGGAAAAACCGAGACCACUUUUCUGUGGUACAACAUGAUGGUACCUCCAAUUUUUAGGUGUAUUUUGACAUAUCUGUACCUUUUAAGAAUUUUUUUUUCUUUUUGGUUAAAUUUCUUCCUUUUGUUGUUCCUGUCCUUUGGACUUAGAUAUUUUUUCUGAGGACCUUCUUGUCCUCAAGUUCAAUGAUAACAGGUGAGCGAUAUAGGGCCAUCAUUGCCCUCUUGUUCUUUUUUUCUACUUGGGCAUUUCCCAUUGUCCUGGUCUACUUUCCUGUCUUUUGCCCAAUCUUCUUUACAAAAGUUAAUGCUCUUCUUUGUGUUCUUCUUUCAAAGGGAAACAUUCUCGAAAUAUUUUCACUCUGGUUUUGGCCAAUUGAAAGUUUUUAAUUGAAAACAGUAAUUGACAACGGUUGCAGUUGUUUAGAAAAUGGAUAUUGAUGUUGACAAAUGGACAUAUGUGCAAAACCUAUGCUUUGAUUUUGGAACUAAAUAACUUUCUUGAAUAUUUGACCUUAGUUGGUAUUAGUCUGAAAUUGGGUCUCUCGAACAAGCUUGUCUUGAAUUUUCGGCUAUCUCUAAAUUUUCAUGUCACAUGCAUUUGUGUGGAAAUAAAUCUGCCAUCCCAUCAGUGAAGUUUCUUUGUAUUUUACUUUAGGAGUGUUUACUAGUGUUGCAUUUUGUGAACUUUCUUAUAAAAGCUGUAGUUUUGUAUUCGUUAAUGAUUGAAAUCCAUUGAUACCAGAAAUUGUUGUCUCUAUUGAAGUUUGACCACUUGUGUCCAUUUAUCUAAUUAUUAGAGGUCAUUUCUUUGAUAUGAGAAAUGGGAAACCUCUUCAUAUUAGACUUUUUAUCUAUUUCCGAGAAAUAAUGAGAACUUUCAGACAAAAUUAAUUUUCAAUCUUUGACAUAUGAUCAUUAAAUGUCGCCAUUAAGUCUGUAACCAGUACUUGGAUGUCCUGAAAAUAAGCUAAUUAAAAGUAAAAUAUAAAAGAAAUAUACAGGUACAGUUAAUGAAAUAGAUAUGAGAUUUAUUUAUACAAUUGUACCUUAUUCAAUUAGGGACAUUGGGAGAGGUUGUUAUAUAAAAAUUAAACAUGAUCUUUAUAUGAGAAUGUCAAGUCAGGAAAACAUGUGACAAAAGGGGAUGUUUCAUUCUUUUUUUAUUGCCUUAAUUACUGGCAAAAUCCUCCAAUCAAAUUAAAUUCAAGCAACGUAUUCUUGAUUUAUAGAAAAGAUGUCUUUGUUAAUGCCAGAAUUUCUACAGGACCUCUUCAGAAGGCAGCAUCUUGUACAGUGUUUUUAUUUAUAUUAUUUUAUAUUUUUUACAUGUUUUACCUUUACCCUGCUGAAUUUCGAAAAUGGACUGGUCUAUCAUUCAGUUUGGGCAGUACCAUUUAUGUGCAGGCUGAUCUUGGUCUGCACUGGUAGCAAAGGCAGAAUCACUUGAUGGCAGCAGGCUAAAGGUUAAAGUGGUAUGCCUUCAGAUUAAUAUUAAAAAAAAGAUAUUGAUAAAGAAUUUUCUUUUGUUACAAAUUGAAAAUAAGAAGUAAACACAAGUUAUCAGGCAAGUUGCAAGCAGUAUUUAUUUAUAGAAACUGUAUUCUGGAAAUUUAUAGAAAACUUUUUAAAAGCAUUGGUCUCACAUAGAAAAAUUUGAUGAAAGUAGCAGGAAUUUUGAUAUACUCAUAAAAUAUUGUCUUAUACUGUAUUGAUUUAUGAUUCUAGAUACUUGAAGAUUUUUUUUCAUGUUUUUGAAAGUUUUGAGGGGAGUCCCUUUAAACUUUAACUCUUAGCAUGCUGAACACAAUUGGUUCUGCCUUUGCGACCAGUGUAGAUCAUGAUCAGCCCGCACAUCCGUGCAGUCUGAUCAAGAUCUGCACUGUUCACUUUUCAGUCAGUAUUUUUUUUCGUAAGCACCCAUUUUAACAGUUAAUUGUACUGUCCAAAUUGAAAGAUGGACAAGUUCAUUAUAGAAAUUUAGUAAACCUUACCAAUGUGUUCUAGGAUCUUAGUUAUUCCUGUUAGAUCUGUGCCAUUAUUUGAAUGCAGAUUGAAUGUGGAGUAAGUUGGAAAUGUUAGUUUGUCAUCAGCUCAUUUUUAAAGAUAUAGGUAACAAAAAUUGCUAAAACUAAUAAUUGCCAAGUGGUAAGUGCUCUACAAAGAAGCACAAUAAUUCAAAUUUGAAACAUAAUUUAGUGUUUAUUAAAACACAUCAUUAAUUAUCAUUUAAGACCUAUCAAUAAUUGAAUAUACCUGUAUAGUUAUUACAUGACUCCUUAUAUAAAUCACUAGUCCAUAGAGAGUGCUAUUGACUGGAAAUCUAUAACAUAUUUGCCUACUGACCAGCGAGCCAUUCAGUUAGUAUAUAUUAUUGUUCAAAGGAGGUUUAAUUUGUUGCCUACUUGGGACUCGUUUUUUUUAGAACAUGUUCCUUUAUAUCUUUGGAAUGAAUUACACAUUUCCAAUUACAUAUACUUGUAUUAUAUUAGAUUCUUUUAAUAAAAUCAUAUUAAUGCUUGCAGAUUGUUGAUUUUAAAUAUGUUCAUUUGACAAAACAAGCAUGUUGUCCAUUUGUAUAUGUAAUCUUGAAGCCUAUCCGACACAUUUUGGUGCUUUUAGCAGCUUUUAGGAUAGGUAGUUUUGAAAUAUUUUACUUAUAAAUAUAAGAGUUUUGAGAGCACUAAGUGUAUGUUAUUUGACAGAUAUUGACAGAAACUUGUGUAUGUAAAUAGUAUUUUAUUUCUUUAAAGUUGUCUUUAGAACUGUAUAUAGCUAUUUUCAUGUUAUAAGAUUGAAAUGUGCAUACAUUUUUAGCUCGACUAUUCAAAGAAUAGUCUAGCUAUUCUACUCACCCUGGUGUCGGUGUCGGCGUCGGCGUCACACCUUGGUUAAGUUUUUGCAUGCAAGUACAUACAGCCAUCAGUUAAAGGCAUAUAGCUUUGAAACUUAUUUUUUCUUUUUCUAGGUCAAUAACCAACCUCUCUGGGUCAAGUCCCAUAACUCUGACAUGUAUUUUGAGCAAAUUAUGCCCCCUUUUGGACUUAGAAAAUUUUGGUUGAAGUUUUACAUGCAAGUUACUUUUACAUGCAAGUUACUAUCUCCAAAACUAAUGCAGAUAUUGAUUUGAAACUUCACAUGUGUCUUCGGGGUUAUAAAACUAGUUGAUUGCAGCAAGUCCCAUAACUCUGACUUUCAUUUUGGCCAAAUUAUGCCCCCUUUUGGACUUAGAAAAUUCUGGUUAAAGUUUUGCGUGCAAGUACAUACAGCUAUUUCUAAAAGGCAUAUAGAUUUGAAACUUAUUUUUUCUUUUUCUAGAUCAAUUACCAACCUCACUGGGUCAAGUCCCAUAACUCUGACAUGUAUUUUGAGCUAAUUAUGCCCCCUUUUAGACUUAGAAAAUUUUUGUUGAAGUUUUACAUGCAAAUUACUAUCUCCAAAACUGAUGCAGAUAUUGAUUUGAAACUUCACAUUGUGUCUUUGGGGUUAUUAAACUAGUUGAUAGCAGCAAGUCCCAUAACUCUGACCUUCAUUUUGGCCAAAUUAUGCCCCCUUUUGGACUUAGAAAAUUCUGGUUAAAGUUUUGCAUGCAAGUACAUACAGCUAUUUCUAAAAGGCAUAUAUAGAUUUGAAACUUAUUUUUUCUUUUUCUAGAUCAAUUACCAACCUCACUGGGUCAAGUCCCAUAACUCUGACAUGUUUUUGAGCAAAUUAUGCCCCCUUUAAGACUUAGAAAAUUUUUGUUAAAGUUUUACAUGCAAGUUAUUAUCUCCAAAACUGAUGCAGAAAUUGAUUUGAAACUUCACAUGUGUCUUUGGGGUUAUAAAACUUGUUGAUAGCAGCAAGUCCCAUAACUCUGACCUUCAUUUUGGCCAAAUUAUGCCCCCUUUUGGACUUAGAAAAUUCUGGUUAAAGUUUUGCGUGCAAGUACAUACAGCUAUUACUAAAAGGCAUAUAGAUUUGAAACUUAUUUUUUCUUUUUCUAGAUCAAUUACUAACCUCACUGGAUCAAGUCCCAUAACUCUGGCAUGUAUUUUGGGCAAAUUAUGCCCCCUUUUGGACUUUGAAAAUUCUGGUUAACUCAGAUUUGAAUUUUGACAGAAUUAUGCCCCUUGUUAACUUAGAAUUUUUGGUUAAAGUUUUUGAUGAAGUCAAAUAUCUCUGUUACUAUCAAAGCUUUUGACUUGAAAUUUAAAAUACUUAUUUAUCAUCAAAGUCUACACCAGGAGAAACAAUUCCCAUAACUCUGAUUUGAAUUUUGACAGAAUUAUGCAUCUUUUUAACUUAGAAUGUUUUUUAACAUUUAUGAUAAAGUCAAAUAUCUGUUACUAUUAAAGUUUUUGACUUGAAACUCAAAAUAGUUAUUUACUAUCAAAGUCUACACCAGGAGACACAAUUCACAUAACUCUGAUUGAAUUUUGACAGAAUUAUGUCCCUUUUUAACUUAGAAUUUUUUUUUAAAAAUUGAUAAAGUCAAAUAUCUCUGUUACUAUUAAAGCUUUUGACUUGAAACACAAAAUAGUUAUUUUCUAUCAAAGUCUACACCAGAACACACAAUUCCCAUAACUCUGAUAUUAAUUUUGACAGAAAUAUGCCCCUUUUUAACUUGGAUUUUUUUUUACUGGCAAAGCUCUAAUUCAGAGUCAAGCACUGAGAAAAGUCGAGCGCGCUGUCUUACGGACAGCUCUUGUUAUAUAUAUAUAUAUACUGAUUAAUACAAAACUGGCCAAAAGUAAAUUCAUUUUGAAACAAGUAAAAGAAAAAUUGAAAACAUUUUGCAGAUGAGUUGAGCCAUUUCUGCCAGAUUCCCUUGACUGAAAUAGAAGUAAUAUCUUUUAUUUAGUGUAAAUCAAUGGAUGAAUUAUGUACUCCAAAUUUUGUCUAUCCUCCAUGUCUUUUUGUUUCUCUUUUCUUAUUCUGUUGCAAAUACACAUCAGUUUUCUCCCUGGUCUUUUUAACAACUAUAUGUAAAAUUACCACUGCAAAAUUCUACUUUUCAAUCGGAAAGGUAGACGAAACAAUUUUGUUUUUAUCUCUACAGUGUAAAUUAGUGUUUUGGACUGGGUAUUUUGUCAAGAUUGAUUUUAAAUUUGCACAACUAAAUGUUGUGUAAUAUGCAUUCAUAAUACUUUUUUGUAUGGAGUUCUUGAUAUUCCAAAUGUUUUCAUUGUCUUCAUGAUCGUCAUCACGAAAUCUGUAGGUAAAAUGGGUAAGAAGUCAGUUUUUAUUAAUUUUCAUGUAUUGUUUAAUGUAAUCGAGACAAAAGACAAUGGGUUAAAAUCACAUGUGUAGUUGCGGUUUGUUCAUUCCUGUUCUAUUUAUCUAUGCAGUUCUACUGUUGUGUACUGUAUCUAUGCAGUUUUACUGUUGUGUACUGUAUCUCUACCACCAUAUUUUUCUGUGCUUUGUAUUCCAUGGGCAAUAUAUUAAUAAAUAUUUUAAACAUAA